AUGGUACAAAACUACAAAUGGAUAUCGUAUAAUUCCAGAAAACACAUACCACCCUUCCCUCCCGGUCCCUAUGGCUUACCAGUUGUAGGGUAUCUCCCCUUUAUCGGCUCCAACUUGCACGAAAGGUUCACGGAGAUGGCUCACCGUUAUGGCCCCAUCUUCAGUCUCCGGCUCGGAAGAAAGCUUCAUGUUGUGGUAAACUCCAUGGACCUAGUAAAGGUCGUGACUCGUGACCUAGACCAGACCAUGGCGAACCGCAGUCCUCCAUUAGCAGCACUAACCAUCAGUUAUUGUGGCAAUGAUAUUGCAUGGUCCAAUAGCAACACGCACUGGCGUAAAAUGCGAAAGAUUUUAGCAACCCAAGUUCUUAGCAAUACAAAUCUCAAAUCUUGUCAGAGUUUCCGAUCAGAUGAAGUGAGAAAACUGGUGAAAUUAAGAAGUUUACACAAAUCUGGUGAUGGGAACGAUUCUAGCACUAUUGGAGAUGGCUUCGGAGAAGUUGAGAUCAAAAUUAUGAAGUUAGUGGAAGCCCCAAAUAUAUCUGAUUUUUUCCCGAUGCUAUCAAAAUUAUGCACUGUUGCCGGAUACACCACUCCGAAGGGUACUAUCGUCUAUAUGAAUGUUUGGGCAAUCCAUCGGGAUCCGAAGAACUGGACCAAUCCAUUGGAGUUCAAGCCUGAGAGAUUCUUGAUCGACAAAUGGGAUUAUCAUGGAAAUAAUUUCAAGUUUUUACCAUUUGGAUCAGGGAGAAGAAUAUGCCCAGGAAUCCCACUUGGGGAGAAGAUUUUGAUGUAUAUAUUAGCAUCGCUAUUGCACUCGUUUGACUGGAGCUUACCAGAAGAUGAAGAGUUUGAGCUUUCUGACGAGUUCGGGCUUGUGACUAAGAAAAGGAAACCGCUAACAGCUAUACCCUCUCAAAGAUUAUCUGAUGCAGGCCCUCUAAAUUUUUUGAUAGAGGAUUAUCUGUCAAUAUAUAGUUACUGUUAG